UUCAAAUCUAACUGGCUUCGUGGUGUGUCCGCCUACUGCUCCCUGAUUUUACCCCAGUCACUUCGAUUAGAUGACCGUUGCAUAAAGUGCGCCACAGUCUUUGUUCAGUUUUAAUCAAACCAAUGGUAGUACUCAGAUUAUGAGCGAUAUUAAACGCAGAGAAAUGAGAGACAAGAACCAAAAUAUCCAAGUUUUCGUCCGAAUUCGGCCUGUUAGUUCGCAAGAAAAAGCAGCCCGUUCGCCCAUUGUGGUUGAGACCCCAGCAGGCAACAAUAAGGAGGUCCAGGUGGUGGAAAAAAGUUCUUUGACUAAAUCAUUUGCUUUUGAUCGGGUCUUUGGGACCAAUUCAAAGCAAGUAGAUGUCUACAAAGUCGUUGCAGCCCCACUGGUGGACGAAGUAUUGGCAGGUUACAACUGCACUGUCUUUGCCUAUGGACAGACAGGCACAGGUAAAACUUUCACCAUGGAAGGUGAAAGACAUGAUGAUUUGGCAACUUCUUGGGAAAAUGACCCAUUUUCUGGAAUUAUCCCAAGAACUUUGUCGCAUCUUUUUGAUGAAUUGAGAAUUCAAGAGGUGGAAUGCACUGUCCGUGUUUCGUUUAUUGAAAUUUACAAUGAGGAUAUAUACGAUUUGCUCUCUGGAACUGAUGACACAACAAAACUACGUUUGUAUGAUGAUACAACAAAGAAAGGUUCUGUCAUUAUUCAAGGAAUGGAGGAAGUCACCGUUCACAACAAGAAUGAGGUGUACAGCAUUUUAGCAAAAGGCUCACUUAAGCGCCAGACAGCUGCCACGUUAAUGAAUGCUCAUUCCAGCCGUUCCCAUACCAUCUUUUCCAUCACUGUCCACAUCAAGGAGAACACAGAUGACGGCGAGGAGUUGAUGAAGAUUGGCAAGCUGAACUUGGUCGACUUGGCCGGGAGUGAAAAUAUUGGUCGGUCAGGAGCCGUCGAACGCCGAGCUCGCGAGGCCGGUAAUAUCAAUCAAUCGUUGCUGACAUUAGGUCGUGUUAUCACGUCGCUCGUCGAGCGUGCGCCUCACAUUCCAUACAGAGAAUCCAAACUGACACGUUUGCUGCAAGACUCUCUGGGAGGUCGGACUAAAACGUCCAUCAUCGCCACUAUUUCGCCAGCGGCCGCAAACUUGGAGGAGACACUAUCAACCCUCGACUACGCCCAUCGCGCCAAGAACAUCACCAACCGACCCGAGGUCAAUCAGAAGCUUACGAAAAAGGCGCUACUCAAGGAGUAUACGGAGGAGAUCGAGAGGCUUCGCCGAGAUCUGUUGGCAGCCCGCGAGAAGAACGGUGUUUACAUGGCGCAGGAAAACUACGAGCAAAUCACUCGCGAGAUUGAAUUGCAGCGCAAGGAGAUUGUCGAAAAGCUGGAGCAGAUCAAGGCCAUGGAGGAGGAGCAGGCUCGCAAAGAAGAGUCUUGUCAGCAACUUCAGGGUCUCUACGACGAACAACAGACUGUCCUACAUGCCACGGCGGAGGAGCUGAACAGCACCAAACACAAUUUGUCGAUGACUCGUUCCAAAUUGAAACAGACUCGACGCCAACGAGACGAAAAGGGACACGUUGUCCUACAUCAAACUCACACGGAACAGCAACUCGGCUCUCAAGCACGUGAGUUGCUUAAAGUAGCCGAUGUUUCCACUGAUCACGUACGAAAACUCCAUUCGAAACUGGAUCGUAAACGGUCCGUUGAGAAGGAGAAUGAACGACUCAACCAAGAAUUCCGUCAGAGUUUUGCGCAAAACGUGGCACGGAUGGAAGAUAGCCUGGAGAACUUCGUCAAGGAUCACACAAAAUUCCUCGGUGAUGUUGCCGGUAGUUAUGGAACUAUUAUGGCCAAGCAGAGCCGUGAUCUGAGCGUCUUGAGCGAGUUGAUGUCUUCGCUCGUCAAGUCGCAAUCGCAGUUUGCCGAAGGUCUUCGCAAGGCGGCCACGGACAGCACCCACAGCACUCAGGAGUUCACCAAGUCGUUUCUGGGGACGACUAGGACUCAGGUCAACGUCCAAGCCGCCAAUCAGCAUCAGUUUCUCGUUGACAAUUUCUUACCCAAGUUCCAGUCGGUGUCGAAAUCUCUGCAAGAGCAAGGACAGGCCGUCCAGCAGCUGCAGCGUUCGCUGACGGAAGAGCUGCAGCAACAGGCGGACUUGGUUAACGUCCUCUUGACUGAUCAAAAAGACGGAAUGAACCGGUUGAGGCAAGUUGCCCAGCAGUGGGAUCAACAAACAGAAUCGCAUCUGCGACGAAUCAGCGAGCAGCAGACGCUGUCCAGCCAAUCGCUCAGUGAAUUUGACGCUGAAAGCAACAAGCAAAUGCAGAUGCUCAUCAAUCUGGUCAACUCUGUCCAGCAGACCCGCGAGAAUUACAAGACUCGCGUCAACGACACGAGCGCCGAAGUGUCGAACGCCGUGCAAAAGGCGCAGCAAGAGCGCAGCAACUUCUACCACGUCGUCGAGACGACGGCCAACGAUUUUGUGGCCAAGGGCAAAGAUCUUCGCAGUCAGCUGGAAAAUUCCCGUUCAGCUUUGCUGCAAACGGCUACGGUUUCGUUGGAGAAGGGCGUCGGUCGGAUGCAAGAAACGUACAAAACUUGCGCCGUCAUCGAAGGAGAUGUCUCCAGUCACGUGACCGCGUCCCAGGCCGCUUGGCAGGAGCUUUACAGCGCCCAGGAGGCAGAUUUGCGCAAGCAUUCUGAUCACUUGAACGGCGCUUUGCUCAGCCACGCCCACCUUACGACCGAGUCGCUUCAUUCGCUUCACGUGGCCGCCCAGACUCAGGAAGCUUUACUGGAGGAGCAGCGGGCCGAUAUGGUGACGACUGUCCGCGAGCGACGGGACGAUGUGGAAGCCCACGCGUCUUCGAUGAGCGAUUGGAGCUCUCUGCUCUCCACGGAAAUUCGUCAGCGCAACAGCGAUGUCGUCAAAUUCAUUGUGGAAGAUAUGCGUCAAGAUGUCCCUACCGGACAAACUCCUCAGCGAAGAGAAUUUGGAUUCCCGAGAUUCUUGGCCUCGACCUCGCCUCACGAAAGAAUCAUCGAAAGGUUCCACGAAGAGCGCGGGCCGUACAAAACUGACGACGAGGAUGAUGACGCUUCAGAGUUCUCGCAGCUCAGUCGCCGCCACACUGCCGCAGACGCCAGCAAAACGGCUGCCGCAGCUACGACUGUUCAUCGUUCUGUGUCCAUGAACGAUUUGGCUAAUACGGAAAAAUCGGCGUCUCAUCGAUCUUCGAUGUUAAUUCCGCCAGGCGCCAGUAACUUCCGUUCUAGCACCGGUGAGUCUCACGCGAAUCCGAGUCUGCUCCGCACCCUGUCGGUGGAAGGAUCCAUCGACACCAGCCCCAACGCCAGCAAAGAUAAUAAAGAGAAUUUUGCCGUACCACAAGACCCUACUCCAGCCAUUGCAGGAUCGUCGGGAGUUAAAAAGCCCCAGAGACAGCAAUCCGGACAACAAUCAGGCCGUAAAAUCCUCAACGCCCAAAAUACCAAAAGUUCUUAAAAACAGCAAACACAUUUUUAAGUAAACAUUCACGCGUAAAAAAAAAAAAA